AUGACCAAGUUCACGCCUCUCAAGGACGAUCACCUGCUGUCAAACGGCGGCAUCCCCAAGACGAUCACUGUGGACAAUCUCGCCUACCUUCGAGACCACCUUGAUGAGCUGGACGACGAUGAGAUCGUUGAGGUGUCCAUUCCCGUGGUGGACACUCCUGCGAAUCACCAGUCAUCGUUUGACCAUCCCGUUUCGGUGCCCGUGUCUGACGUGCCGAAGCCACCGCCCCGAUCGACCUCCAUUUACCACUUGCAAAGACUGCAGCAGCAGGCGAUGCUUGCCCAGCUGGAGGCACAGGGGCUGGCUGCCUCGGGAAUCGGCCCUCCCGGACCUGGUCCCGGCUACCCGAAUGUGGUAAUGCGCGAGAAGAAAGGCGGCAAUUCAGCAUUCAGCAGUUCAGCGCCACGACCGCAGUCAGACAUUUACGGGGUGCGAAACGCCCUGAACAGUCAUGUCAUCACGGGCAGCUCCAAAGGUGGUGGUGGAGCGGUGAACGGUGGUGCGGCUGCCCUGAGCCAGCGGCCAAUGUCAAUGUACGUCGAUGGGAGCGCCAUUGAGGCGGCUGGGCGGCCAGUUAGGCAUGCCAUUUCAAGGUUCUCUGCAUAUGAAAUUUCGAGCUCCCAUGGAUUUGGGCGCAUGGACUCGUAUAUGAAGCUGGACCAGCUGGGCGAAGGCUCCUACGCCACGGUCUACAAGGGCUACAGUAAUUUGCUCAACAGGGUAGUGGCGCUGAAGGAGAUUAGAUUACAGCCUGAAGAGGGGGCACCCUUUACUGCAAUCAGAGAAGCCUCUCUCCUACGUGGUCUGAAGCACGCCAACAUUGUCACACUGCACGAUAUCAUCCAUACUCGACAGACGUUGAUCUUUGUGUUUGAAUUCAUGAACACCGAUUUUGCUCAGUACCUCGAGCGUCACCCCGGCGGUUUGAACCCAAAGAAUAUUCGUCUCUUUAUGUUUCAGCUACUUCGCGGCCUUGGCUACUGCCACGAAAGGCGCAUACUACAUCGAGAUCUCAAGCCACAGAACCUUCUCAUCAACGAACAGGGCGAGCUGAAGUUGGCUGACUUUGGAUUGGCCCGUGCCAAAUCGAUACCCUCAAACACGUACACUAAUGAGGUGGCCAGCUUAUGGUACCGUCCUCCAGACAUAAUGCUCGGCUCACGGAGCUACUCCACCUCGCUGGACAUGUGGUCAGUGGGCUGUAUCUUUGUGGAGAUGGUCGCCGGUGCGCCGGCCUUUCCCGGCGUCAAGGACACCACUGAUCAGCUGGAUAAGAUAUUUCGUGUUUUUGGCACACCACCGUCUAGCUAUUUGGAGCAGUACCAGAGUAUUGAGUCCUUCAACUUUCGAAACAUUUCGUACGCCUCUCAGAAGCUGGUGCAGGCGUUUCCAAAGCUGGCGACGAUACUACAAGCGGAAAAUCUGGCAAUUGCAUUCCUCAAUUUAGAGCCAUGUAAAAGGAUCUCCGCACAAGAGGCACUGAAGCAUGCUUUCUUUGCUGAACUGCCGCCAAAACUAUACCAGCUUCCAGAUCACAUACCCAUCACAAAUGUCUCUGGUUGUGCUUUGGUUAGUGAGACGAAUAACUUUCCAUUGUCAGUAAUGAAGAUUGCCGCUAAAAUGAAAAAGUCAAAACCACCCCCACCACUCCCACAUCCUUAA